CCCAGGGUGAAGCCGCCACCGGAUGCGACACCGGAGCCGCGCCGGGUCGUUGAGCCCCCCCCGCCGCUCCCCGAGCCCGGGCUGGGCCGGGGGGGCCGCCCCGAGACGUGACGCAACGUACCUUAAGGAUGGAUAUAGAAGACUGUAAUGGACGAUCUUACAUAUCUGGCAGCGGGGAUUCCUCUCUGGAGAAGGAGUUCAGCUCAGCCAUCGUGGGAGCUGCAGUGAGCACACCCAACAGCCAGCACUCGUCUCCAAGUCGCUCCCUCAGUGCCAGCUCCAUCAAGGUGGAGAUGUACAGCGAUGAGGAAGGCAGCCGGCUGCUGGCACAGGACGAUCGGAUGCUGGAGAAAGACGACAGCGUCAUCGUAGAGGAUUCACUCUCUGAACCUUUGGGUUACUGUGAUGGACCAGGCCAGGAGCCACAUUCCCCAGGUGGCAUCAGGUUGCCCAAUGGCAAAUUGAAGUGUGAUGUGUGUGGCAUGGUGUGCAUCGGCCCCAACGUGCUGAUGGUGCACAAGCGCAGCCACACGGGAGAAAGGCCGUUCCAUUGCAACCAAUGCGGGGCUUCCUUCACCCAGAAGGGAAACCUCCUGCGUCACAUCAAGCUGCACUCUGGAGAGAAACCCUUCAAAUGUCCCUUCUGCAAUUAUGCCUGUAGGAGGAGGGACGCCCUCACUGGACACCUGAGGACUCACUCUGUUUCCUCCCCCACCGUCGGCAAACCCUACAAGUGCAACUACUGUGGCCGAAGCUACAAGCAGCGGAGCUCGCUGGAGGAGCACAAGGAGCGGUGCCACAGCUACCUGCAGAGUCUGAACACUGAGCCACAGGCGCUGGCCGGCCAGCAAGGUGAUGAGAUGAGGGACCUGGAGAUGGUGCCCGACUCCCUGCUGCACCCCUCUGCCGACCGGCCGACCUUCAUUGACCGCCUGGCCAACAGCCUCACCAAGAGGAAGCGUUCCACACCUCAGAAAUUCGUGGGAGAGAAGCAGAUGCGGUUCGCGCUCUCCGACCUCCCCUUCGAGGUGAACUCCGGCUUCGAGAAGGACGUGGAGAUGGUGUCGGCCCACCACCCCCUGGACCCCUCCUACGGCAGCUCCCUGGCGCUGAUGGGGGGCGACCACCUUCGCCCUCUCCGCCUGCCCCCCACAAACUGCAUCUCGGAGGUGACCCCCGUCAUCAGCUCCGUCUACACCCAACUCCAACCUCUACCAGGCCGCCUGGAGCUGCCGGGGGGCCGCGACGCCGCCGAGGGCCACGAGGACACGGCGGACGGGGCGCAGGCGUUGUACCGCGGGCGGGAGGUGGGAGCAUCACCCACUAAUGGCUGCCACGACUCCACGGACACGGAGAGCAUCCACGAGGAGAGGACGGCUCAGCCUCCACCGGGCAACGGCCCAGGCAGCCGCCAGAGCCCGGCCUACGCCAAAGAGGACCCAAAAAUGGCGGAGGGAGCUCCGCGUUCUACGCCGAGCGGAGGCCGGGAUGCGCUGCGGGUCGUGACCGAGGAUGGAGAACCGGUGCGAGCUUUUCGGUGCGAGCAUUGCAGGAUCCUCUUCUUGGAUUACGUGAUGUUCACCAUCCACAUGGGCUGCCACGGCUUCCGUGACCCCUUCGAGUGCAACGUCUGUGGGUACCGCAGCCAGGACCGCUACGAGUUCUCCUCGCACAUCGUGCGCGGGGAGCAUAAGGUUGGCUGAGCC